UUCCGUUCCUUUCACUACACUUUUCUCUCUCUAUACACUCACUCACCACUCUCAUAUGUCAUCACUUUGAAGUUUUUCUUCACCGAUCAAAAACUAAUCCACGCAUCUCACCAGUUCAUAGCUGGUAUGAAAUUGUGAAAACCCUCUUCAAUUCUCGUCAAACGCGGCUUUAUUUAUUUAUAUAGUUUCCAUUUAUGUACGAGGGUUGUUGAUCAACUGAUUGCUUGAUUCAUAUUUUUGAUUGAAUCAGUUAUGUUCCUUUUUUUUAUUGAUAAUAAAUAAAUUCGCUAAUGCCUUAUUUUUCAGGGGGUUUUUUUUUUUUUAUCAAGGAAAUCUAACGUUUUUUUAUGCAUCCUGACCUGUAUUUGUGUUUUGAGCUUCUUAUUUGUGCUGUGUAUAAUUGUAUCGUCACCCACAUAUUACUACUUGUGAUAAUUGUUGGUGGGCUUCUGAAUUCUUAUCUUCUGAUCGUUGGUGUUCUCUUUCGUGUUUAGCAAUACCAAUGGAAGGGGUUUUUCAUUUAAACUGAUGAUGCUUUGAAGACCUGCUUUUGAUUCUAAUACUUGAUUUUAAGUCUUAAAAUUUUGUCAAUUUUAUUACGUUAAAUAUUUGGCAGGGGAAGAAAGUAUCUGCACUGGGACCUUUUUCAAAUGUUUGUGAAUUGUUCAUAUGAUGUUUGAUACUUGAACAUCAAAUUAUUGAAACCAUCAUUUAGUUUCAUCCCCUUCUGGGUGUGACACAUAGUAUAUCUUUUCUAGCAUCUAUUGUACAUGAUUUCAUAGCUCUACUGUGUGCUAAGAGUUUAUGAAGCGCUGUGAGUAUUUGGAGUUAUGUUUUGCUUAAAGAGAAAUGUUGGGAAGAGAAGAUUGAUUGCUUCUAUCUUUUUGAAAUUCAUAGGCCCCCUUUUAUUUUCAUAUAACAUGCCUUUCCUCGGACAAUUUUUGACCCUCCAAGUCAGUGCCAGAGAAGAAUUGCUUUAAUGUCCUAGUCUCAAAGAGGACAUAAAAGACUUUAACUAAUUGACUAUAUUUAUCGCUUUACAUUUCUAUGCCAUCCACCAUGCAUUAUGCGAAAUUUGUCCUGUAAUCAGUUGAAGAAAAUGUUUCUUUUACAUACUUCUAUUUAAUUUGUUUAGAUAAAUGGAAUAUGGCAAUCAACCAGUCUCUACUGCUUUGGAGAAAGGGAAAGAUGAACAGUAUCUAAAUAAACCAAAUGGAACUGAUGUUGGGGGCUGGACUCAUGGCACUUGUAGUUUUGAAGAUGAAGUUAUGUCUCUCCCGCCUAUUUCACUGGGUUAUGAUCAGUUUUCUGGACGUGAUAUACAAGAUGAUUGUUACUUUUACACUCCUGAUCUGAAUUGCAUAGAAAAUCCUAAGGUGCGUAAGAAUUGGACUGAUGUGUCCGAGUCCUGCACAGAAUAUGAAAUGCUGCCUCCUGAACUAAGCAUGAGAGGAGAUGGUGUAGAUUGUCUGAUGAGUCCAGCUAUCACUUCCAUGGAUUAUGGUAACUUAGAGAUCCCCACGAACCUCACCCCACCAGGGUGUGAGACUGGAACAGCUUAUCCAAUAAAGAAUCAUGGAGCAGAAGCUCAAAGUAGUCGAAUUAGUAGGUUCCAGAUGAGUGGACAAUUUUCUUCUUCUAGAUGUAGUACAUCUUUGUUGCCGCUUGUGAACAAUUUGGGUGCAAGAGGAAAUAAAAAUGAUAUCAACAUUGGUCAUCUUUCCUCUAGUUCUUCACAAAAAAUUGAUCAGGAUUUCCUUACUCUUGGAAUUGGAGGUGGCAGAUACUUUAGACCUAAUAGCAAUUUCAGUACCCGAGAAAUAUCCAAUAAAUUGGAGGAGGUUUCUUCCCAAUGUAACAAUCCUAUUACUGGACCCCGCCCAAAGAACAUCCCUUCUCAAUUGGCAGGUGGGGAUGCAACGAUCCUAGCUCAUGCUGGUGGGGUGUCAAGACCUAAAAGAAAUUUCUCUGCCCGAAAACAUUCCAGUAAAGUUCAGGAGGUUCCUUCUCGGUUUAAUAAUUCUAGUAUUGGACACUGCCCAAAGAAUGCCUUGAGUCUUUCUCAAUUGUCAGGUGGGAAUGCAAGGUUCCAAGCUAAUGCUGGUGGAUUGUCAAUAUCCAGUAGUAACUUCAGCAAAGGAAUUCCCAGUGAAUUGGAGGGGUUUACUUUCCCAGGUGGGCCUGCAACAGUUCGAAUUAAUGCUGGUGGAUUAUCAGGACCGGCAUGUAGUAGGAUGCUUGAAGGUGGGCUAAUUGGAGAAACAGGAUUCAGGCUGGAUUCAGAUCCAUUUCCCGGUCUUCAUACUCUGCAAACUAAUACACCUACUAAUGCUCCAUCAAAAUGUUAUACAUCGGUAGCUGAGCCAUCUUCAAUGCCAUUGUCAUCCAGAAGCACUUUACUCUCUCAACCUAAAUGUGGUUCACAGCCACAAAUAAUGUCCACAUAUUUUGCAAGUCAACCUAUAUCGUGGCAACAGGAUUGCUCUAGGAAGAGUUCCAUGAAUGUGUCAUCCGAAUCUUCCCGAAAUUACCAUUCACACAGGGACAAACUGAGCUCCACCAGCCAUGUACAACCAGGACAUCUUAGCUCCUCGGUAGAAGGUACGAGUACCGGAGUUGCCAAAGUUGGCUCAUUCCCGUCAAGUGUUCAACCAGCGGGGCAGUUUCAUGCUUUUCAUAAUAUCAGUCCUAUUGCUGCACGUGGGAACUAUAUUUCUCCUGAGAAACUUAGGCUUCAGCUUUUGAAAAAUAGCAGUUACCAGUCCACUGCGGCUGGUUGUUUUCCUAAGAGGCUGGGGCUUCAACCUAAUGAUUUUGCUACUGCUCGACGUGCAAGAGGUCCGUAUCAGCAUGGGAUCUCAGUCCAAUCAUCUGCAGUUUUACCGCGAGUUGAUAAUUCUAAUGGUCAGGUAGUUCCAGUUGCAAAACUAAAUAUUACACCUCAGGUUGCUCCUAUUAUUUCUCAUCCACCUUUGAAAAGGAAGGCAAUUGCAAAUCCCAGUGCACUCUCAGGACAACGGAGGAAAAUCAUUCCACAACCUGCUAUUAGUGAUUCUAUUCCUCAACAAAGGCAGGGCAUUCCACCUAGUCCAGCUCCUAUUCAUAUUCCACCUGCGCCUCUUCAUGUAAAAUGGAAAGGUUUUGAAGAAGCACUUGAGGCAAGCGGACAGAGGUGUGAGUUGUGCAAAAGGGAUCUUUCAUUUACAGAAGAAGGCUUAAUGUACCAGCCCACAAUUCCGCCACCUGUUGCUGUUCUUCCAUGUGGCCAUACAUUUCAUGACCGUUGCUUGCAAAUAAUCACUCCUGAAGACCAGCUGAAAAUUCCUCCUUGCAUUCCUUGUGCCGUUGGUGAAACUUAAUCUCUUCUAUGUUUUUGCUGUCUAUUCACUUUUUUGGUGGAGGGUAAUUAGAAAUAGAAAAGAGGAAGGGAGGGUAAUAGGAAUUCUUUUGUCGGUAGGUGUAGUUCAUGGAACUGUACAUAUAAUGCUGGUUUCUUUUUUGUCAAAGCUAGGCAGGCCCUUCUGUUUACUGCUUUAUGUUGCUGAUUACUAGCAACUAUGCAUGGUAUAGUAAUAUAUAUGGUUUCCGACGAUCUCAUUAUGUCAGUAACCAUGCACUAUUACUAUUGAAUUUUAAAUCAAUGGAUGAGUUGUUCAAUAA